AUUGACAAACAACACAACAAUGAUCGAAAUGUCAAAAUAUAUGCGGAUUCGAUGUCAGCAAAAGAUAAAGAAAUAGUUCGAACAUAUUGAAUUUUUUUGCUGCCGUAGCAUAAUUUAGAAAUAAAUUAACAGUAAUUUUUUUUAGGCUACCUAUCUUGUUUUUUCUUUACAAAUAUGUCGUGUUGGAAGUCUGUGUCAUGUUUCGUCGCCCGUGGAUAAUAAAAAAAGUAACGAUGCCGAUCACCGAAACUGGUGAUCAAUAUUCCGUAUGGGUUGGUUUAAUUUACAUUUUCAACUUGAUAGUAGGGACUGGUGCCCUAACCCUCCCUGCAGCGUUUGCCCGAGCAGGAUGGGGUCUCAGUACAAUAUCGCUGGUCUUCCUAGCAUUCAUGAGCUUUAUGAAUGCUACAUAUGUGAUAGAAACAAUGGCAUGUGCAAACGCUGUUUUAAAAUGGAAGAGAUUACAAUUAAUUAAAAGAAACAGUGUCCAAGAAAACGAAUCUGAUGAAGAAGGGAUGUCAUCCCAUGCUUACGGUGAUUUAGAAGAUCCCCUUGUUUGUGGGGAGUCCAUCCCAUCCCGUUACUACAGUCUCGAUAAAUGUAUUGAAUUAGGGGAAAUGGCAAACCUGUUCCUAAGUAAAGUGGGAAGAACAAUGUUUUACUGCACUCUUUGUGUAUAUUUAUACGGAGACCUGUCUAUAUAUUCAGCAGCAGUUUCAAAGUCAUUAAUGGAUGUUAUAUGUUCCACAGUGCCGUCAAAUGUAACAAAUACAACAAAUUGGGAUGUUCUUCCAUGCUUCAACUCUCCAUCUGACUUCACAUCGACGUACACCCGCUUCGACUGCUAUCGGGUCGCUCUUCUUACGUUCUUUGGAGCAAUGGGACCGUUUGUCUUCUUCAACGUACAAAAGACCAAGUACUUACAGCUGUUCACAUCUGGCAUGAGAUGGCUCGCUUUCGCCAUCAUGAUAUCGAUGGCGAUACACCUGCUCAUAGUGUACGGGCCUCAAGGGAAGCCGCCGGCAUUCGAUUUCACAGGGAUACCCACUCUCUUCGGAGCCUGCGUCUACUCCUUCAUGUGUCACCAUUCGCUGCCGGCACUCAUAAGCCCGAUACGAGGGAAGAGUCGUCUAGGACUCCAUCUCGCUCUUGACUACGGACUCAUAAGCAUCUUCUAUCUCCUUCUGGCAUUCACGGGAGCGUUCGCGUUUUCAACGUUAAAUGAUUUGUAUACACUUAACUUCGUGCCGACGGACAAUGACAAUAUACUAUUAGAAAUCGUAGAAUAUUUCCUUGCGCUGUUCCCGGUCUUCACCCUGUCGACCAGUUUCCCAAUAAUAGCUAUUACUUUAAGGAAUAAUCUACAAAGUCUGUUCUUAGACACGAGCCGCUUGGACUCGUAUAACAUUGUGUUCAGGAAAUUAUUGUUUCCCGUCGUCACUGUGGUACCGCCGCUGUUGUUGACGUACUUCCUACAGGAUAUAAGUAUAUUGAUUAAAUUUACGGGAUCGUACGCCGGUACCGGUAUUCAAUAUAUGAUACCUACUUUCUUAGUGCUCUCUGCGAGACGACAUUGUACGAAUUUAUUAGGGCUCGGGGUUGUCAAUAGAUAUAAGAGUCCCUUCUCCAAUAUCGCGUGGGCCAUAUUCGUUUUGCUGUGGUCCUUUAUGUGCGUCAUAUUGGUAACGGUUAAUAUGUUUGAGAGGAAUUCAUGACAUUAAUUCAACGAGUAAUUUUUUUUGUUUUUUUUAUUAAAUAUAUAUUAUAGUGUUUUAAAGCUUUAUAGAUACCGUGUGUUCAUCGUUAUUACUUUUACAAUUUAAUUAUCAAUCGACAGAUUGAUUUAUAUAGAAGAACGUUUUAUAUAAAAUGUGCGAUUUCUUAACUUUUGCUCAAAUGUAUAAAUCUAUUUAGGUGAUUUCAGUAUUUAAAAUGUGACUUUUAAACGUAACAACAUAAAACAUAACAUAGCUUAAACCAAUCGCAUAAAUUGUUCAUUUUAUACAAUCAUCAAUUUUAGUCAACUUAUUUUAUUAGAAGAACAAAUUACUACUAAACUUGAAAACACAGUCUUUUAUCGGUAA